GCGGCAUUUGUUCUGUGCUUGGUGUGGUCAACAGUAAUACGAGCGACAAAGAAUAACGAAUGCUGUUUUUAAUAAAGCGGCGUCCACAACAUAUGUUAUUGUACCCCAUUUUGCUACAUAUUGCACAUUGUAGGAAGCCGGCAGUGCAAUUGGCGUUUUUGUGGCCUUUCGUUUCACAGUGUCGACAGCCAAUGGAGCAUUUGAACGAGUGGUGGGUGUACUUCCAGCAGACAAAACAUGUCUGAGAAUGAUCAGGGCGGCGGGCGACUUCGAGUCGAACGGCAGUAGCACGACAUGCACGUUGGGCAGCCGUAAGAUACUCCGAGUCGGCGUUGUACCAUUUGUCGAUCAGGUCACAGAACACAAUAGACGUGAGAGUGGCGCGAAGGGCCUUAUCCGUCAUAUAUUGCCGUGCCUGCUCCUGGUCUUCUUGAGAAAGGCCAGUGAGGGAACAUUAGCUGAUGAAGUUUUCAGUAAAAAGCAAUCCUUGGAGUUCCGUAUCUGAUUAAAGCUUCUUGCAGCGAAUAACCCAAGCCCGGGAAUCUUCCUCGAGCCCUACCUGGCUGCGGUUGUGUCUAUAGAGCUGAACAUGGUCGAAGAAAUAAAUUCAG